UCCUUUUCUUAAUUUGCUUUCUCUCUCCUCUGGCCUCUGCAAGGAACUAUUUCAUCUCUCUUGGCCACAAGCUUCCAGGCUCGCUCGAGACCAAAGGGAAAGUGAGGCCCUCCUCAUCUCUCCUCAUCUCUCUGUACUCCUCUAGCAUAGCUCCCCCCUUAGCUUCCCAAUCGGAGAAUCCUCUUCUUCCUCCUCCCUUUCAAGUCAUUUCUCUCAGCUAGCUUCUUGAUCCAUCAUCUUUGCUUCUAUCUGACUCCUCCAUAGAUGUAUAUAUGUAUAUGCAUCUCUUCUUGAUCCAUACAUGCAUAUAUAAACAACUAGCUAGCUCUUUUUUUGCACUUAAUUAUCUAGCACAGCCGUGGUGCCGGAAAGGAUUGAGAUAUGAGAGAUUUGCACCAUGAACGAUGAGCUGUAGCUAGAGAGAGAGAUCGACCGAGACAUGAGACGUACCACACGGUCGAGGUCACGUCGUCGCCGCCAUGGUCCCAACAACUAGGAACCUGUUGCACCAUGACGGCAAUAGCAGAGGCAAGCCGUGCUACCACCCCGGCCAGUACUGCGUCGGCAUCGCCGCCCAAUUGGAGGCCUCGGCGGCGGCCGCGCGGCAACAAGACCACCGCAAGCCGUCAAGAUCCACUCGGCUCGCCAUGGCCGACGACGAGCCGGCAGCGGCGGCCGGCACGAGCUCCCAGGGCGGUGCCGCCGCAGGAGACGACGAAGACUGGCUCCAGCUAAGCCUCGCAGGCGUCGCCGUGGCGUCGUCGUCCUCCGCCUCCUCCUCCGGCGACACCAACAGUAUGGAUCCAGCCCCGCAUCCUAUGGAGCUGGACUUGCUCACCUACGACAAGAGAAACGCGAGGAUGAGGCCGCCGUUGUUCCCGCUGCCCCUUAGGAGCUACCAGUCUUACGGGCGAGGACGGUAUCGGCCGGCGGCAGCGAGCGGGUCCUUGUCGGCGCCGUCCUUGACGUUUACGCCUCCGUUCAGGACCUCCGGCGAUGCCAUGAGAGUCAUUAGCCCGCCGCGACGAAGGGAGACGGCGGCGGGGCUGUGGCUGAAACUUCAAGCAGCUCCCAACCAAGUUAGAGAACCUAUUUUGCCUCAGAUACCAAAGAGCUACUUAAGAAUCAAGGACAGCAACAUGAAGGUGGAGGUGGUGAUGAAGUACUUGGCCGAGAAGCUGGGGAUCUCACGAUCUCAUCAGGUGGAGCUGACUUGCAGAGGGCAGCUUCUUCAUCCCUUCCUGCUGGUGAAACACGUGAGAGAUAGCAUCUGGUGCUCGACGGCGCCGAGGGAAGAAGAGACGCUCGCGGAGCUCACGGCUUCACGGCGCUCACCGGCGGCUACUGCCGACCAUGUCAUGACACUCUGUUACAGCACAACUAGGAACACCAAGCUAGUAAUCAAUCUGUAAUUAAUUUAUUUAUUGCCCAACAGGUUGUUUGGUCAUUUUAUUUUUUACCUACUUCCCCUGCUGAUCUGAUUAAAUCUGAUGGUUAACUGAUACGAUUCUGAACGGCCCGGAUUAACCAA